AAUUGGCUGCAGUUGAGUCCACCCUUUUCUUAAGCUACAACAACAACAACCAGAAGAAGAACGCAACAAAGCCUUUAAUCACAUCACCAGGUUACCUGUGUAUGUGAGCUAUCAACUAUUACUUGACUUCUUUCCCACAAUUCCUAUCCUCCUGUUCGUUCUCUCUCUGCAUGUGCUUCUGGCUGAACGGAAUUUCACGCUAAUGCUUUCUUACGUAAUUCUGAUUCAAGUGCUGGGCUAUCUUCUUCAGUAUUCAACAUUGGAAGUUGUUCUUUUCCUAUGUAGUAUUUAAUUCUUUGCAGAGAAUCUGCUUCGAACCUUUCAAUGUCUUACAUCACUUACUAUUGGACUUCUAUGGAGCAUGGGUUUUAGUUGGGUCUUCUGAUCUCUUCUUUCUCAAAUCAUAUUCAGUUCCUCAGUUUGUAAACAAAUACUAAGGUCCGCUACAAAAUGACAACAUCAGGAGUUGCUGCUAGUCCCAUAAAAUACUGUCUCCACUUACCUGUACAAUGUCCAGGAUUUCGUGAGAAGAGAGUUUCAGUUUCUAACGUAGGGAGAUCAAGAAGUCAUUGUAUUCCUACACAGAAGUAUUGCCCAAGAAGAACGCCUUUAGUCAAGUGUGCAAUGGAAGCUUCUUUUGGUUGUUCUACAGAUGACUCUGCUGCCAUCUUUCCGAGAAUCAAUGUGAAGGACCCAUACAAACGACUUGGAAUUAAUAGGGAAGCUUCUGAGGAUGAAAUCCAAGCUGCUAGGAACUUCCUAAUACAAAGAUAUGCUGGUCAUAAGCCAAGUGUUGAUGCAAUUGAAGCUGCCCAUGAUAAAAUAAUAAUGCAGAAAUUCUAUGAUAGAAAGAACCCGAAAAUUGACAUUAAAAAGAAAGUUAGGGAAAUGAAACAAUCUCGUGUUGUGCAGGCUGUCACUAGCAGGUUUAGAACACCAGCUACAAAGUUCAUUGUUAAAACUUCCAUUGCUUUCGUAGUCCUUGGUGCUCUUACAGUUCUCUUUCCUACUGAAGAAGGUCCAACCCUUCAAGUUGCCAUUUCCUUGAUCACUGCCAUAUAUUUGAUUCACAAUCGGUUAAAGAGCAAACUUCGAGCUUUUCUAUAUGGAGCUGGUGCUUUUAUUUUCUCUUGGCUUUUGGGGACAUUUUUGAUGGUGUCUGUGGUUCCUCCCAUGCUUAAAGGGCCAAGGAGUUUGGAGGUGACAACGUCAUUGAUUACGUAUGUACUUUUGUGGGUUUCUUCUACUUACCUCAUAUAGAACAGUUUCAUCAUCUCAAUUUUGUUAGAGAAGUACCUUAGUUCCUCAAAAUACUAAACGAGAGGAAGAGAUUGAAACUAAGGCCAAGUGCCAUGGUUAACAGCUUGUAUUGCUAAGAUCUGGUGAGAUUUUUGAUACAAGGAAUUGUAGAUUUUUGGGAUGAAACCUUCUUUUUGCUUUGAAUGCGGUGAUUUAUUCA